AUGGCAAGAUCUGGUUCAUUGAUAUUUUCGAUUACCCUUGCUACUAGUAUAACUUUGCUGACUUUAAACAAGAUGAUAGUGGUAUCGGGUAGUAUAUAUUCAGAAGAAAAUAAAGAAAAACUUCCAGGAUAUACAUUUAUUGAUCUGUUCCAAAGUCCACCAGAAUCGAGACAGAAGUGUACUACAGUAUUAGGUUGGAUGGCUACUAAGUACCCAAACAACUAUAUUGUGAUGAGUUUAAGGAAUAUAGUGUAUCAUUUAGCACUACCACAUGAUAGACUCCCAGAAGGAACUGAGAAAGAGCUAAUAGCUGCUUUAGAUAGUCUACAGGGCACAAUCUCAAACGUCUCUGGGAUGGAACCUGGGACCUAUAUAAGUGUUAUUACUUGUGCCAUUGAUAGUAAAGGUAGAAAUAUUUUGCAGAAGAUGGUUGAACAUGGGUUAGUUCAAGCAUUAAUGCAUACAAUGAGUCAAAAGUUUUGGAUAGGUGCAAAACUUCAAGAUUUAGUUGAUACUGACAAUAAUAACCUUGCUCACUUAUCAGCUAUGUCUGAAAAUGAUGAGAUGGUACACUAUUUACUAGGUGUUAUGUUUAAAGCAAAUAUAGUUGCUGAUAUGCUUGAAUCUGUUAAUAAAUAUGGCCAGAAACCGAUUGAUAUUGCUUUAUUACACAAGGAUCAGCAGACUGUUGAUACAAUGAAGAACUUCUUUAGAGUCACCACUUUAUCAGAAAGAGAAUUAUUUCCGGAGGGAGUUGAGAUACUAGAAGAAGUAGAGACUUUAGCAGAAAAAGAAGUAAAAGAAAAAGAAAAAAAUAAUUCAGAGCUUAUACAGAAGGAUUUACAACAAGAAGAAAUGAGAGAGAUAGAAGCACAAGAAAGAGUUGAAGAUAUUACAGCUGAAGAAGAAAAAAAACUUCAACUUGAGUCUAUUGAGAAAGCUGAGAUUGAAAAUUCAAUUUUAGAAAAGAAAGUACUUGAAUCUAAUAAGUCAGGUGCAGUGAUAAGACCGCUUGCAAUUUCGCAAUUAGAUGAAUUAGAAUCUGAUAUAUCAGAACCUAGUGACUUAAUAACUGCUAGGAAAAAUGAGAUCCAGUCUGAAAAUUAUCAAUCAGCUAGAAAUGAAGCAGUUGAUAAUGAAUUAGCUUCUGAAAUAUCUUCUGUAGAUAUGAGAGGUAGUUCCUUUAGUAGACAAUCAGUGCCAAAGCUUAACUCACAAAGAAAAGGGGAAAAUAAAGAAAAAGACAAUAUACCUGAUUUAGAACAAGAGUUCAUAGAAUUAGCUCCUCCUACUGUUGAAGAAAGACCCAUAGCAACUCGACUUAAUUUAAAUACUAACUCAAAACCAAAUUCUGAAGACUCAAGACUACUUAGGGGAGCUACAGGAGCAGAUGAAAUUGAAGAUCAAGAAAAUAGAGCCGGCGAUGUGUUUGUAAAGAACUGGAACACUACAACAAAAGCUAUCUUUGGUGCAUCUAUCUUAGUUGGUAUAUCUGUACUUGGUGCUACAGUGAUAUUUGUAGUUUGCAAAGGUUAUAAUAAGAAAAAUAACUCUCAAGCGACAUAUUAG